GCGCGUGCCCGCCCUGGCUAUAUAAGGCCUGGAACCCUUCUUAGUAAAGCAUUUCGGAAGACAAGUCCGUACCGUCAGUAUCGAGGGUGCGGUGUCAUUUUCAAUUUUCUUAGCUCACGUAAUCGCAAUUGCCUCGUCUCGAGCUCGCGUUUCAUUAAUUUCGUUUUCUUUUGCAUUCGCUGGAUGCGUCGCGCCAUAUUCAACCACGGUGCGGUAGAAGAAGGGGAAUCUGGAGUUGGAGAGAGAGAGAGAGAGGGAGAGAGAGAGAGAGAGGCAGAGAGGGUUAACCGUCACAGUAUUUGAUUUUCACAAACCAAGUAUUUUGAAGUACCUCGAAGAUUUUAUUUCUCAAGGUCACCCGGCACGCGCUGCCGCGCACUCCUGCUCUCGUGGUGGGGGUAUCGAAUCAGUGAUAUGACCUUAGUGGGAUCGAAGGAGGAGAACGUAUUGCCCAUCAUGCUGAGCGUACAGCAACAGCAUCAUCAUCACAAUCUUCACGGUUCCUCGGCGUCCAGUGCACAAACUCAUCGCAGCAAUGUGAUUGUUUCCACCAGCAGCAUGCCGUCAAACGACAUCAAGAUCCAGCAACACGGUUGCAAGCGAUCGAAGAUUUACGGCCAGGCGACCGGCCCUUACGGCACCGUUCCUCAUCAACCGGCCUCGGUCGCCAGGCGAAACGCCCGGGAACGAAAUCGUGUUAAGCAGGUGAACAAUGGAUUCGCCACUUUGAGGCAGCACAUACCACAGAGCGUGGCGCAAGCACUCGGAGGAAGUACGGCUGGCACGCACGGCGGAUCCAGAGCGGGUAGUAAAAAACUGUCCAAGGUCGAAACGCUUAGGAUGGCGGUCGAGUACAUCAGAAGUCUGCAGCGUCUUUUGGAAGAGCACGACGGUGGUUCGGAUGUCACGAGUGUGUCUUCGCCGACGUCGUCGCCUCCUUCCUCCACCUCCUCCGCCUCGUCCACGUGUAGUUCUAGCAACGGCAUCAGCGUCGAGUCUAAUCAUCAUUCGCCCGAGUUGAGACUUCGCGGUAACGUCAGCAACGAGCUUCGGCACCACAGCAGCUCGGACAUACAUCGGCAUCAACACUUGCGACAAAAUCCCAGCCCGACUUUCGUCCCGACACCCUGCUCCGAAGCCUCCAGUUCGCCAACGCCGAGUUUCGUUUCUGAGGCGUCAUCGGCUGGUAGCCAGGGCUACGGGACAUCGGGCACCCUUUAUACCGCGCACUCUGAUGGUUACGACAAUUACGAACCCAUGAGUCCGGAAGACGAGGAGCUGCUGGACGUCAUCUCCUGGUGGCAACAAAGUCAAUGAGAAAAAAUCCAGUGUCCACAUCGGUUCCUAGUUGCGUCUGUCCUUCACUUCAGAGAAGUGAACGAGAUGGAGAUACACGUGGCGAGAAGGAGAAAUGGACAAAAGGAAACGAUAACCGGCUGUUCUAUGCUGUAUAAUCUAGUCAUUCCUACCGAUAUUGUACGAAUGUAAUAAUAGGAUUCGUUUCUCGUUCGUUUUAAAUUAGGGGUUAGAUUAGAGUUGAGAUACUUGCAUCUGGCCUUCCACGUACAAAACAGAUUGCCGAAUAGUAAAUGUGAAAAUUUAGCAAAUAUAUUUACAGUAAAGGUGUAUGGAAAAAUUUCUGUCUUGACAAUUAAGAAGGAUCGAAACAAAAUGCUCGAACUCAAAUGAUCCUAUCCUCAAAGGCAUUCCACAGUGCCUUUUUAGGAAUUGUUGAUGUUUGAUAGAGAAAGUUUAACUGCCUCCAUGCUUCAGGUUUCAUCCUUAAAAGAAUGUUAUGUCGCGGUAUAAAAGAAGGAUUCGAUGAAGGAUACGUUUAUUACUCGAAGAACUAUUUUGAAUUUUUGAACUGUUAAAAAUUUUAUAAAUGUUACAGAUGUUGCAAAAUGUUAAUGAUAUGAUGUCGAACUUAACAGAGGAACAAAAUAUUUAUAUCGAUUCGCGCAAUAAUUUAAACAUCUUCAAACAAUGAAAGACAAAUAUUCAGCUCUAAUAAUUAUUGUAGUAAUAUUGUAAAUAAUGUACAUAGGAAGUGAGAUUGAAACGAACAAAUUGUAUUCCAGUGGUCUAAGAUUACGUCGAAAAAUUUUUAUCAAGCUCGUGCCUUUAUUGUAA